AUGGCGGGAGGACUACGAUGCUCCCUCUGCCAAUUUGUUAUUUCAGACGAAGAUAUCAUCACAGGUUCACGCUGUCAUCGGCAGUGCCUGAACAUGAUAAGUCCGCGAUAUCUAAAAUGCCUCUGGGAUAUGACAGACGCGUCGAAAUAUGAUUACAUGCCUAGUGCUCGGCAACUGGAUAUCCGCCAACGCAAAAUCAAGUCCCUUAUGGGUACAGCGCUCUUGACACAUUUUGCGCACUCAAAAUCGAAUCUGCCAUUAGAGCUCUGGGAAAUCGUUGCAGAGUAUCUACUGCCGCACUUUACAACGGCGAACCUACAAAGUCUGUGGGAACCUACACCAAAGCCUUGCUAUGCCAACACGACACAGCCUAUAUGGUGCAAGUACGUUGAGUUUGAGGGUAACCAAUAUGUAUCGACAUUCUCCAAUGAGCCCAAAAGUGAUGACUGGGAACUGGUAUUCCAACCGUCCAACGCGGGAAUUGUCGACGUAUAUGCGGCAGAGAACCACUUCGGCAUCACAAAAUUGCUCUUCUCUAGCCCCCAUAAUUUACCAAAGGUCGAUGAGGUCGAAGGGAUAUGGUGGCGCAAAAGUCGUAUCGACGAAGAAAGUUUAAAUAUUCGCGCAUCCUCAGAUGUGUGCCAUCUCUUACUUUAUGUCUAUGGUUAA